AUGGGCGGCGAAGGCUGGUUAUUCCUCUUCUCGGUCCUCAUGGCCGCGGUGUUACUGUUCACUAUGGUCUUCUUCAUCAUCAUGUUCUCUGACUUGGAAUGCGAUUACAUCAACCCCAUCGAUCUUUGCAACAAGCUCAAUCAAUUUGUCUUACCCGAAAUGAUCGCACACGCCUUCCUCACCCUCUGCUUCUUGCUCUCGGGACAAUGGCUGGCGUUCUUGCUGAAUGCACCCUUGGUGGGAUAUAACGUCAACAAGAUCAUGUCCAAGAACCACAUGUACGACGCCACCGAGAUUUUCCGGACGUUAUCGGGACACAAGAAGGAGAGCUUUAUCAAGCUUGGAUUCUACCUCGUUUCAUUCUUCUACUACCUGUACCGGAUGAUUCUGGCGCUCAUCUCUGGUACGUCUUGA